AUGGCAACUCAACGACGCGCAGCAGCCCGAGCCGGUGCUGGAGCCGGUGCUGGUGGUGGUCGCCCCGCCGGAGCCGGUAACAACAUUCUGCAAUUUUAUACCGAUGAUUCACCUGGUCUACAAGUGGGACCUACUACUGUCUUGGUUGCAUCCCUUUCCUUUGUCGGUGUCGUUGUACUACUGCAUAUUUUGGGAAAGUUCCGCAUGUAA